AUGAAGACACAUAAGGGCUUGCGGCGUGCUGUGCUGACCACUGGUGGUCUUAAGCCAGUGGUGACCGAUGCCCGCGUCCGACCAGUAUGGAUUCAUACUUCUAAUGACAUUGUAAGCGCUGGUCCUGAAGUAAUUGCAUCGAACCAUCCGUCUGAAGACAUUGUAAGCGCUGGUCCUGAAGUAAUUGGAUCGAACCAUCCGUCUGAAGACAUUGUAAGCGCUGGUCCUGAAGUAAUUGGAUCGAACCAUCCGUCUGAAGACAUUGUAAGCGCUGGUCCUGAAGUAAUUGGAUCGAACCAUCCGUCUGAAGACAUUGUAAGCGCUGGUCCUGAAGUAAUUGGAUCGAACCAUCCGUCUGAAGGCAAUCUAAAGCGGUGCACGUAGAGCAACAAUUGGACGUCUUCCGUUGAUAGACGGGGGAAUAAAUAUGUAAAAUAAAGUUUUUAUUUAAAUAUACAUAAUAAAUCAAUAUUUUAAUUGUCUAUAUCAAAGAUCUUAACAAACUGUUUAACACGCUCGCUCUCUUAGAGCCUCCACAACAAUAAAAAGCUGAGCAAGAUGAUCCCCUUCUUGUUGAAUCGAU